AUGGCCAUGGAAAUUGUCAAGCACGGCGAGGAGGAGGAGUUCGCCAUCAAGCCCCAGGCCUCUGUCCCUCACCUGGACACGAGCAGCUGGCCUCUGUUGCUCAAGAACUACGACAAGCGCAAGCUUCUUGCAGUUCUCGUCCGGACGGGUCACUUCACCCCCAUUCCGGCAGGAUGCAGCCCUCUGAAGAGAGACAUCAAGUCCUACAUCUCUUCCGGUGUCAUCAACCUUGACAAGCCCUCCAACCCCAGUUCCCACGAGGUUGUCGCUUGGGUCAAGCGUAUCCUUCGCGUUGAGAAGACCGGUCACAGCGGUACCCUUGAUCCCAAGGUCACUGGUUGCUUGAUUGUUUGCGUCGACCGUGCCACCAGACUCGUCAAGUCCCAGCAGUCUGCUGGUAAGGAGUAUGUUGCCGUCAUCCGCCUUCACGACAAGCUGCCCGGCGGCAAGGUCCAGUUCGCCCGCGCUCUCGAGACUUUGACUGGUGCCCUCUUCCAGCGCCCUCCUUUGAUCUCUGCCGUUAAGCGUCAGCUGCGUAUCCGUACCAUUCACGAGAGCAAGCUCAUCGAGUUCGACAACGAUCGCCACCUCGGUGUCUUCUGGGUUUCUUGCGAAGCUGGAACCUACAUCCGUACCCUCUGCGUCCAUCUCGGUCUGUUGCUCGGUGUUGGUGGCCACAUGCAGGAGCUCCGAAGAGUGCGCUCUGGUGCCAUGGGCGAGAGCAAGGAGAUGGUUACUCUGCACGACGUGCUUGAUGCUCAGUGGACCAUGGAUAACACCAGGGAUGAGUCUUACCUGCGCAAGGUCAUCUCUCCCCUGGAGACUCUUCUCACUGGCUACAAGCGUGUCGUGGUCAAGGACAGCGCUGUCAACGCUGUCUGCUACGGUGCUAAGCUUAUGCUUCCCGGUCUUCUGAGAUACGAGUCCGAAAUUGAGGUUCACGAUGAGGUCGUUCUCAUGACCACCAAGGGUGAGGCCAUCGCCCUCGGCAUUGCUCAGAUGUCCACCGUCGAGAUGUCGACAUGCGAUCACGGCGUUGUUGCCAAGGUCAAGAGAUGCAUCAUGGAGCGCGACUUGUACCCCAGAAGAUGGGGUCUUGGUCCCCUCGCCUCCGAGAAGAAGAAGAUGAAGGCCGACGGCAAGCUCGACAAGUACGGCCGCCCCAACGAGGCCACUCCCGCCAAGUGGGUGUCGGAGUACAAGGACUUCGGAGCUCCUGCUGGUGAGGCUGCUCCUGCAGCGGCGGCUCCGGCCACUCCCCAAAAGGCGGUGGAGUCUACGACAGCUACUCCCGCCGCAGUCACCCCUGCCAAUGCCGAGGAUGAUGGCGAGUCCAAGAAACGCAAGAAGCACGAGGGCGAGACACCCGACGAGAAGGCGGAGCGCAAGCGUCGGAAGGCUGAGAAGAAGGCGGCCAAGGCCGCGAAGAAGGCAGCCAAGGGUGGUGCUGACGACGAUGACGACAGCGAGUAA